AUGGGGAAGAGGGAUCAAGUUUUAGGGUCAAAAGGUCAUGAUAAAGCCUCAGUUUGUGUUCUUGAUGCUUCCACUUAUGUGGGAUUUUGGAUAGUCCAGAAACUCUUGUUUAGGGGUUAUACAGUUCGUGCAGCUGUCCAAAACAAUGGGGAAGGAAUCAUCCGUAAGAAAAUCAUGGAUUUGGCUCAAACGGACGAUAGAUUGCAGACUUUUCGAGUCGAUGUGUUAGAUUACCAAAGCAUAGUUGAAGCGUCGAAGGGAUGUUGUGCUUUAUUUUGCUGUUUAGAUAAUCCAGAUGGCUAUCAUGAUGUAAAUGUAGAUUAUGAGGUGAUGGGAGCUAUCAAUGUGGUUGAAGCAUGUGCACACACAGCUUCCAUAGAGAAGAUUGUUUUCAGUUCUUCUUUAACUGCAGCAAUUUGGAGAGAAAACAUUUUCUCCCAAAAAGAUGUAGAUGAAAGGACAUGGAGUGAUCAAGAGUAUUGCACUAAAAAGAAGUUGUGGUAUGCCCUGGCAAAGACACUCUCUGAAAAGGCUGCUUGGGCAUUAGCUAUGGACCGAAUGCUUGAUAUGGUUUCGAUUAAUGCUGGUCUUGUUCUUGGUCCUGCCAUUGUUCAGCAGAACUCGGCCGUAACAAUGGCAUAUCUUCAAGGGGCAGCGCAGAUGUAUGAGAAUGGAGUUCUUGCUUUUGUUGAUGUUAAUUUUCUAGCUGAUGUUCACAUUAGAGCCUUUGAGGAUAAAUCCACAACAGGGAGAUACCUUUGCUUUAAUCAAAUUGUGAGCAAUGAGGAAGAAGCUCUCAAACUUGCAGAAAACUUGAGCCCUUUAAUUACAUUGCCUCCAAGGUACAAAUGUAAGGAUAGUGAAGCAGAAGCAUAUGCAGAGAAAUUGAGAAGCAAGAAGUUGAACAAACUUCUUAUUGAAGGCACUGCUGCUUUCUGA